GAGUGCCACUUGAAAGUCACGUGACCCGGCGGAGGAGCAGGAGCCGUCAGCCGGUUGCCUGCUAACCUUUUCUGUCGAGGAGCCGCCGGAGGAGGAGAAGGGCCACGAUGUGCACCAGCGUCCAGCCCAUCGAAUGGACCUCAAACUACAAAGACCAGAAUUUUGAUGGCAUUGUGUUGGUGACCCAGAGCCAUGACACGCUGCCCUCCCAGCUGGAGUCCCUGAAAGCACCGCUGCAGGACUACAGCUCUGUGGACAGCGGUCUCGGGGAAGAAGUGGUGGUCCUGAAGGUCCCUGGUCUCCCUGGCAACCGACUAGUGUUUGCCUCCACCGGCCCUGUAAACCGCGACUACGAUGACGUCCGCCGCUUCAGUGACGCAGCAGUCAGUGGCAUCAAACGGGCCAUGAAAGCCGGUAUGCAGCGCCCCUUGCUGGUCUGCCCGACUCACCCCAACUAUGAGAAGAGCACCCUGGUGGCCGCCCUCGGGGCCCUGCACGCUCUCUACAUGCCCCUGGAGGUGAGGGAGGCGAACAUGAAGAACAGCCCGUACAAGGUGUGCGUUCUGGGGCUGUGGGUGCCGCAGGACUCCCAGGGACAAACACUGGUGAAUCUGGCCCUCGCUCUGGAGAGUGGGAGACUGGCCUGCCGUGAUAUUGGUGGUUCAGACCCAGAGCGCAUGGCUGCUCCCCGCGUGGCCGAUUACGUCCAGGACCUCUUCAAGGACAGCCCCGUGCAGGUGGAAGUGGUGAGCGACAUUAAUGUUCUGGAGAAGGAGUAUCCCUGUCUGGCCGCCGUCAACCGCUGUGCCAACACUGUGCCCCGUCACCAGGCCAGAGUUAUCAAGCUCCAGUACUGUGGAGAGGGACCGAUCCAAAAGACUCUGAUGCUGGUGGGAAAGGGCAUCACCUACGACACCGGCGGAGCAGACAUCAAGGCCGGUGGUGUCAUGGCUGGGAUGCACAGGGACAAGUGCGGAGCCGCUGCUGUCGCUGGUUUCUUCCAGAUCGUCGCCAAGCUGAAGCCAAAGCAUCUCAAGGUUGUUGGCUCCAUGGCGAUGGUGAGGAACAGCGUGGGUGCAGAUUGCUACGUGGCUGAUGAGCUGGUGGUUUCCCGUGCGGGUCGCAGAGUGAGAGUUGGGAACACCGACGCCGAGGGACGCAUGGUUAUGGUCGACCUGCUCUGUGAAAUGAAGGAGCAGGCAGUACGUGAGGUUUCUCCACAACUGUUCACGAUUGCUACUCUGACCGGACACGCCAUCAGGGCCAUGGGACCCAACUACUCUAUCAUCAUGGAUAACGGUCCGGCCCAUCGCGCUCACAAUGCCUCUCAGUGGCAGAAAGCUGGCGAGGUGCUUGGAGAUGUGUUUGAGGUGUCCAGCAUCCGGCGUGAGGACUAUGAAUUCCACAAGGGGAAGUCUGAGUAUGAGGACAUCCUCCAGUGCAACAACCUGCCGUCCUCGGCUACCCCUCGAGGACAUCAGACCCCAGCGGCUUUCCUCAUCAUGGCCUCGGGGCUCGACAAGUACGGCGUGGAUUCUGACGUGCCUCUGCCCUACUCCCACGUCGACAUCGCCGGCUCCAGCGGCCCUUUCCCCGGCGUGCCAACAGGAGCCCCUAUCCUCGCCAUGGCAACCAACUACAUCCUGUCUUAACUCUCUGACCAGACACUUAAUCUCCACAUACACAAAGCCUAUGUAGAAUGGUUUAUCCUCUGCACUCAGCCCCAACAGAGAUUGCACAGCCGUCCAAACAUGAGUAACAUCGUGCUCGACACACACAGAGCAAAACGUGUGACGUAUUGUGUCCCAGCAUUCCUGAAUACCUCAGAUCUGUUCUUUAAGAUUGUUAAUUCUAUGGAUUUUUUUCUUUUCUCAGAUCCUGCAGUGUCCGUCCUUUACACGCCAAGCGUCACAUGUCCCUGAUAUUAAACUGAAGUGGCCUGUAAUAAUAUACUCAGGGUUGAAAUAGCAGAAUAAGAGAUACCAUCCUUUUUUUAUGUGUGUGUGCGUGUAAAACUGAGGACAUGGUUGUGUGACAAAUGCUGCCUGCCAGUCAGAUCAAGCACUCCUCACUCAACAGUAUAACAAAAUUAAAACGUCACUUUUUGUCUUUUUCCUAGUGUAACAUCUUUUUGCAGACCUUUACAUAGGCUAUAUAUUAUUAAAGGGAAGAGAAUAGGUGGUUGGGUCCUUUUGCCUGUCAAAGAAAAACAAAUAAAAGAUAUGAUUACAAA